UUCAAAUCAUUUCAGUUGUUGGGUGUUUAAGGAAAGCGUAACAUACGCUAAUAGAAUAAAUAAUUCUAAAGCAAGAAAACGAAAUUUUUACUUAAUUAAGUUAAAUUUCGUUAGAAUUUUAUUUAAAUAAUUUAUAAUAAAACAAAAACUAGCCCAACAAGAUGUUGUUCUCUUCUUUGAUAGAGGCUGCCCAAAAUUCUCCUUUCAAAAAACCUUUUACCACAGCCUGCUGUGAACCAGCUGUGGAAAAUGUUAAACUAACACCACAUCAUGAAAUCCAAGCUGCUGCAGCUGCCUCAGGAGAUUCCUGUGAAUUUGGUUCCAAUAUGUAUUUCGCUUUAUGUGGUUUGGGUGGUAUCAUUUCCUGUGGUAGUACCCAUACCAUGGUUGUGCCUUUGGAUUUAGUUAAGUGUCGUCUUCAAGUCGAUCCAGCCAAAUACAAGAGUGUUCUAAAUGGUUUCCGUAUUACCUUAAAGGAAGAUGGUAUAACAGGUUUGUCAAGAGGUUGGGCUCCCACCUUUAUCGGCUAUUCCAUGCAAGGUCUAUGCAAAUUUGGUCUUUAUGAAGUAUUCAAAGUUAUUUACUCAAAUGCCAUCGGUGAAGAGAAUUCCUAUCUAUAUAGAACCAGUUUAUAUUUGGCCGCCUCUGCUUCAGCUGAAUUCUUUGCUGAUAUUGCUUUGGCUCCCAUGGAGGCAGCUAAGGUUAAAAUUCAAACUACACCCGGUUUUGCUAAUACCUUAAGAGAAGCUUUACCUAAAAUGUCGGCUCAAGAAGGUAUUGGUGCUUUCUAUAAGGGUUUGGUGCCUUUGUGGAUGCGUCAAAUUCCCUAUACCAUGAUGAAGUUUGCUUGCUUUGAAAGAACUUUGGAAUUGUUAUACCAAUAUGUUGUACCCAAACCACGUGCAGAAUGCACCAAAGGUGAACAAUUGUUAACCACCUUUGCUGCUGGUUAUAUUGCUGGUGUUUUCUGUGCCAUUGUCUCACAUCCAGCUGAUACCGUUGUAUCUAAAUUGAAUCAAGCCAAGGGUGCUUCGGCCUUUGAUGUAGCCAAACAAUUGGGUUGGUCUGGCUUGUGGGGUGGUUUAGUGCCCAGAAUUGUUAUGAUUGGUACCUUGACUGCUGCCCAAUGGUUUAUCUAUGAUGCUGUUAAAGUAUAUUUGCGUAUGCCCCGCCCACCACCACCAGAAAUGCCUGAAUCCUUGAAAAAGAAGUUGGGCCUUACUGGUGAUGCCAAGUAAAAGUUGCUUUUACAUUUCUAGCAUCACAUCCAAAAUUAGUAUAAUUUAAUAGUUGUAUUACAAAAACAAAAAAGAACUGGAUAUUGGAAUUAUUUGAUUGUAAAUGUUAAAAAAAACGAUUUCAAAACUUUAAACACAGAAACGAAUCAACAAAGACAAAAUAAUAAAGAUAAAACUAAAUUUAAAAACUGAA